UGUCAUUGGCGUAACAAAUAUCGGACGAUCACUGAUGAUGUCAGAGUCAACACCAGGGGGUCAACAGCAGGGGGCAGCGAUGGGUGAUAACCCUUUAAUGGGAGAUAGUCAAGAAACUUCUAGAAGCAAUAAAAAAGGUCCAUAUGUCAAUAAUCUGCUUGAACAAUUUGAGGAUGCUUCAGCUUUUAGACAAAGUGGAAACCAGGGACCAGUUGCUGGCAAUGGACAGAAAGGUUCACAAAGUGUUGGUCGUGGAGCCUCAGAAAUACAUGAUGAUCUAAAAACUCAGACUGCAAUGCAAAGAAAGACUGGGUCUUUAGGAAAUAUACAUGAUAUUCAACCAAAGCAGAUGGGAGUAGAAGAAUGCACUGUAACAACUGCAGAGUCUGUGGUCGAACUUCAACAUGUCCCCCACACCUUCACUGAGAAGGAUGAUACGAUUGAAGUGUACUUGUAUUUGAAAGAGGUGGACAAGGACAGCCUGGAAGUCAAAUUCCACCCAGAUACCGUACACAUCAAGUUCCAGACUAGGGAUGCCCAGUUCCUGAAGCUUUGCAAGGGCAGCACUCUGAAAACCAAGUUCAGCUGGACUAUAAGACUCAAGGGUCAGGCACAAGAAGAUAAGUGCUUGUUCAAGGUCAGUUCUUUUGCUGUUUCCCUGAAUAUCUUAAAGAAGGUGUCUGGCCGCUGGGGAGAUCUAGAAAACCUCAAAAGAACAGCCACUAAACCAGAAAAUUCAGCUGAUGGGGAACAUGAAAAUGCUCAUCGAAGGUCAGAAUCCAAGAGGUCAGUUUCAGCUGAAAAUUCAACAAAACAGCCAGAAAUGAAGACAGUUGAUGAUAAACAAGUCACUAACCUUCAAAGUGAUGGAGGGAAUGUUGCACCAAGUUCAGAUCCCAAGAUAACAGAAGGUUCAGCUGAUGGAGGGAAUGUUGCUCAUAAUUCAGAUCCAAUGAAGAUAGAAGGUUCAGCUGGUGGAGGAAAUGUUGCUCAUAAUUCAGAUCCAAAGAAGAUAGAAGGUUCAGCUGGUGGAGGAAAUGUUGCUCAUAAUUCAGAUCCAAUGAAGAUAGAAGGUUCAGCUGGUGGAGGGAAUGUUGCUCAUAAUUCAGAUCCUAAAAAGACUGAAGGUUCAGCUGGUGGAGGGAAUGUUGCACAAAAGUCAGAUCCUAAAAAGACUGAAGGUUCAGGUGAUGGAGGGAUUGUUUCACAAAAGUCAGAUCCCAAAACAACCGAAGGUUCAGGUGAUGGAGGGAUUGUUUCACAAAAGUCAGAUCCCAAAACAACCGAAGGUUCAGGUGAUGGAGGGAUUGUUUCACAAAAGUCAGAUCCCAAAACAACCGAAGGUUCAGGUGAUGGAGGGAUUGUUUCACAAAAGUCUGAUCCCAAAACAACCGAAGGUUCAGGUGAUGGAGGUAUUGUUUCACAAAAGUCAGAUCCCAAAACAACUGAAGGUUCAGGUGAUGGAGGAGUUGUUUCACAAAAGUCAGAUCCCAAAACAACCGAAGGUUCAGGUGAUGGAGGGGUUGUUUCACAAAAGUCAGGUCCCAAAACAACCGAAGGUUCAGGUGAUGGAGGGGUUGUUUCACAAAAGUCAGAUCCCAAAACAACCGAAGGUUCAGGUGAUGGAGGGGUUGUUUCACAAAAGUCAGAUCCCAAAACAACCGAAGGUUCAGGUGAUGGAGGGGUUGUUUCACAAAAGUCAGAUCCAAAAACAACUGAAGGUUCAGGUGAUGGAGGGAUUGUUUCAGAAAAGUCAGAUCCCAAAACAACCAUUUCAGGUGAUGGAGGGAUUGUUUCACAAAAGUCAGAUCCCAAAACAACCGAAGGUUCAGGUGAUGGAGGGAUUGUUUCACAAAAGUCAGAUCCCAAAACAACCGAAGGUUCAGGUGAUGGAGGGAUUGUUUCACAAAAGUCAGAUCCCAAAACAACCGAAGGUUCAGGUGAUGGAAGGAUUGUUUCACAAAAGUCAGAUCCCAAAACAACCGAAGCUUCAGGUGAUGGAGGGAUUGUUUCACAAAAGUCAGAUCCCAAGAAAGCAGAAGGUUCAGCUGAUGGAGAGAAUGUUGCACAAAGUUUAGAUCCUAAGCUGACAGAAGUUUCAACAAAACACUCUGAUAUGACGCAUUUUGUUGAUAAAGAUGUAAAGGAGCAUGUAAACGGACCAAAAGGCAGUUUUGAUACAGACCCUACAGAACCAUCUGAGAGUGGUUCCCCAUAUACCAGUCAAAACCAGAAGCAAGAAACACCAAAUGAAGAAGACGGAGACACCAAUGAUAAAAAGCCUGACAUUCACCAAAAAACUUCUGAUGUGAGAGAAACAAAAAAAAAAAAAGAGAAUACAGUACAGACGACGCCAACCAGUCAACAACAAAGUGGAAGUGAUGGAAGGCAUGGUUUCCCAAGUACCAAUUCUGGAACCACAGGAGGUCCAACAGACCAACCAGUUACUGGUACAGAUACAGAACCCAGUCAGAUAGCCACAACAACAUCUGGCUGGAGAAUGCCCCCUCCUACUCCUGAAGAUGAUGAUGCAAGUGGGGCUACACAGGAAACACUACCCAGGGGACACAGCAAUUCACAAGAUGACCAAAAUUGGCGUGAGGGAGAACAAUUGCAUGAAAUCCAAGAUAUUCCUUCUGUCCCUGUAAAACAGACUGGAUGUGAUGGUAAGGGAUUAGCACAACACAGAGGCAAUGACCCACUGCAGCCUGAAAGAACUGAAUGUGUCUCUAAUGUUGAACAUGAGCUUGAUGAUGGAUGCAAGGAAAACCAGAAUCCAAUGGAUGAAUCCGGAGCAAAAAACAACACACUAGAUUUACCCUACAGGAACAAAGCACACGCUGCAGCAGAUUCAGAAAACAAUUCAUCAGAAAAUGUUGUCAGUUCAGAUGGAGCUCCCAAAAAGCAAGCUGUUGAAAUUGAGCAGGGUUCUUACACUGGAGAAUCAAAUAAAUCUAAAGAAUCCCAGGCACAUUCAUCAGGAAAGAAAAAAACAAAUGGCACUUACACAUUUUGGAAAGACGAUGACCAGUGGUGCAUUCUUGAUGCAAAGUCGAACAACGUGUUAACAGUUCUAGAGUUUAAAGCUGAUGAUAUUUAUUUUAAAGGGAAGAAGAUAGUUGUUGUAGAUGGUGUUAAUCAUACAAUUAUAGAAGAAAAUGGAGCAGUAAAAUUACAAAUUGUUUUUACACAAUCAUCACUCUCUAAAAAGAAUGAUCAGCAACUUCUACAAAGCACUGCAAAGAGCUCCCUGAGUAAAUCAGCUGAAAGUAUCCCAACAGAUGUGCAAUCAUCAGUUUCUCACACAAUCACAUCCACUCAUCAUAGACUGGCUAGAAAUGUUUUGGAAGGAGAAAUAUUUGAUGUUGAAGUCAAUUGGAAAUUAUGUGAUAAUGGUAAAGAGGUGGAAUGUAUGAUUAGUGGGGAUACAGACAAGGUACAGUCUGCUCAUUUGAAGAUUAAAGAAAAAAUUGAUAAAUAUGAGUUUAAUCCUGUGAGGUUUAAUGAACUUACCCAUAGAGAAAAUCUGGUGAAAGAUUUGGAUCUUGUUGAAGAAUACCUGGAACUUGCCCAUGAACAGAAUAGAGACCUGCAUUUUUUCGUCAAUAAAACAGACAAAAGAAUAGAUAUUGCAUGCUGCCGUCAAGAAUUGAUAGAUGGCUUCAAGUCAGACAUCAGAAAGUAUUUGAAUAUAGUGACAUUUGAAGCAAAUGACCAAUUUCAUAAAGAGAAUGCCAGCAAAAAUACUUCUGUGAUCUGGAAGUUUUCAGGUGAUAAAAUGAAAAUAAUUGGAAAGCAAAAGGACCUUGACGACAUUUGUCAUCAAGCCAAGUCAAGUUUUACUGAAACACAGAAAUAUUCCUUGCUUGUAGAAAGAAGUAUCUUCAAGUAUUUAUGUUUGUAUGGUUUGUCUGAAAUGAAAGAAAAAAAUAAAGAUGUGAUUAUUGUGCCAAUUGAAGAGAAAAAGAAUAACAGGUUUGGUUUUAUGCUGAGAUCAAAGACACAGGAUACUUUGUCCGCGGCAAAAACAGAAUUUGAGUAUUUGGUGAACCAGAUUAAAAAAGAUACAGUUGUGUCUAAUGUUUUGGACAUAUCAAAGGUAGAAAACUUCUCAGACAGCUUAAAGAAUAGCUACAAUGUACUGGCAUUUGCACAUGAAAGAUAUACCUUUAAUAAAAACCAUCCACAAAGUGAUGAGCAAGCCAAGUGCUACAUUUGGAACAUCAGACACAAUCAGUUGAGAUUAUCACAAAGAUGUCCUCAUCAUGUUUGGAAAGAAUUUUUGUUGUACUUCACGUCAAGCGAAAAGUGGAAAGACUCAAAACCUUUCACAGAUACAUAUGGAAAGAAAAGGAUGAACGUGUACUGUUGUUUUCCUGAAAAAUGGGGUAUGACAGGAAAAACAAAAGACAUGUAUCGAACAAUUGUACGCAAAGCCUUGACGGGUGCCGUUGACAGUGGACAGCAUCAUGUUUGCAUAGCAUGUUUACAUCAUGUUGAUGACAAAUUUCGUACAACGUUGCUUCACGAAAUUAAAGAGUUUAUGGAAUCAGAUGUGCAAUUGAUGAUCGACAUGUGUUUCAUAGACAAAGAUUUAAUGGAAGCGUAUGUUGAUGCAGCACAUAAGGGACGAAUUGGGAAACCACACGUUUCUCCGAUUGAUGAAUGUAUAGAUUGCAAGGAUUUAAAGAAACAUGUUGACUUUAGAAAAGAGAAAAUUGACCAAUGUCAAAUGGAUGUGUUGGUUGUUUCCAUUGGAAGAGACGGGCUAAUGAACAAAGGACAGCUAUCAAAUGCUAUUCUCAAGGUUGCUGGUCCUGGCAUUCAACAUGAAUUAGAUAAAACUCAUAGUCAUCAAGACUGGACUGUUGUUGGGACAAGAGGUUAUCAGUUACCAUGUAAAAAGGUUUUACAUGUUACUGUUGGAAGAUAUGAAGGGAAAUCGUCAAUUCAGAAACUUAAAACACUGAUAAAACAGUGUCUUAGUAUAGCAGAGCUUGAAGGAUACAAGACAAUUGCAUUUCCUGCUGUUGGAACAGGCAACCUUCUCUAUCCGAUGAAGGAAGUAUCCAAGGCUUUGAUGGAAUCUGCAUUGGAAUUCCGUGAAGAAAAUGUGUGCUGUAGUUUGGACAUGGUGUAUUGUGUUAUACCUCCCUCGGAUGAGCAAUCGUUCAAGGUAUUUGAAGAAACCUUUGAAAAGAUACGUCAGCCUCCACCAAGGCCUCCACCACCGAAAUGUCGUGACCACAAAUUUGGUGCUUUACUGGUGGAUGUUAAAAUCGGUGAAGUAAGUGAGUUUGUGACGAGUGAAGACAGCAUAGUGUACAUUUGGGAUUCAUCUGAAGUUGAAAAAGCAACAUUGAAAAAUCACAGCUUCCUUCAAACUUGUGGGAACCAGAUGUAUUCAGACUGGGAAAAACAAGUAAAACAGGAAAGACAGACAUGUGUAGUAACUGGUGCUGGAAAUCUUCCCGCCAAUCACGUUAUACAUAUUACCAAAAAAGGUCAUGAGGAGAUAGAGAAAUGUAUCCGCAGGGGACUGACCAAAGCAAAAGAAUAUAACUGCAAACAUGUGAAGAUGAUCUUUGAUGAGUGUCUAAUGGAAGGCGGAAACUUUGCGAGAGAAUACCUGUGCACUUUGGCAACCAUUGCAAGUGAUCUGCGAAGCAAUAUCCAUGUUUCCAUUAUCAUCAAUGCACACUUUGUGACGGAGUUUGUCUAUGCAUUCAACACAGGUCAACCAUUGUUGCGCACAGAAUUUCUUUUGAUUGGUGAAGAGUCAAAUUUGAAGAAGGCAAAGGAUACACUGCAAAAAUUGGUAUCAAAAGAUAUGCCAACUGUUAUUCCUGAGCUACAUGAACCAGCUGUGCAAGAAAUAGACCGCCGGUGCAUAGGGGAGAGUUUGCAUUCAGACCUGAGUUUGAGGGCCGAUCCAACACUAGCAUGCUAUGUGCUUGUCACUGAAAUUAAGAAAGGAGUGUCAUUAGAAGACCUGCUCAGGCAAUUAUCAGGACUGUCAAUAUUAACAUCGAAAGUUAUCUAUUCACCCGGACGACCAGAUGCUGUUUUAAAGUGCAAUUCAGAAAAAGAAGCAAACGAUGUUGUAAAGAGGAAAACUCUCAAUGGGCUACACUUCAGCAAGAUCCCAAAUGAGACUCUACUACAAAAACGGAUUCUAUGUCAAGCAGAUAUCGAUGUUGAAUUUCUAGAUUUACUGGAUGUUGAAACUGUUGAUGAUGAAGAAGGAAAGCGGUGGAUACAAACCAGAACAGAAUACCAAUAUCAGGUUAUUCUGGAAAAAAUUAAGACAAAAACAUCUCAAACACACGAGCAGAAAGCUAGUGAGUUUUCAAAUAUUGAAACAGUUUCUGAUGUAUCAGAGCAACUAUAUGAACUCUUUAAGAACAAGAAAGAAACAGAAAUUCAGGAUUUUGAGUCACAAAAAGGAUUAUUGACCUACAAUCUGAAGGAAAGUCUACUCACAAUUGAGUUUGAAAACUCAUCUGAUAUGAGCUCACGAUUUGACUCUUUUAAGAUAUUCCUUGAUGAUGUUAAGCAAAUGGAAAUUGGCGAAUUGGUGGCAGAUGAAGACUCUUCAAAAGUCCGUAGGUGGUGUUCAGAAAUAGAUGAGGCAAUGAAAUACGAGUGCUGUGCAUACAUUUGCGAAGGCAAUAAAGUGAUAACAUUCUGUAAAGAUUACAAUGAUAUAGUAAAAGUAAAGAAACUGUUAGAAUUGAAACAAAACAAGCGACAAAUCAAACAAACUGGACGAAAUAGAACCAGACAAAAGGAUGAAGCCAGUGAUGCCAAUGUACUUGAUGAGCAAAAAGAAAUUCCACUUAACAGAAGUCAUAGAACGCGAAGCAAUCUUGAAAAUUUGAAGAUAUUUUCUACACGGGAAGGCAUCCAAAUCAUGAUAUACAAGGCAAGCCUGCUUGAUGCAAAAGUUGACUGCAUUGUAAAUGCAGCCAAUGAACACUUAUCACAUGGUGCGGGAGUUGCAUUUGCAAUUGCUAAAAAAGCAGGGAGGGAACUUGAAGAAGAUGGAAAUGCGAAAGUAAAGAAAGAUGGAAAGAUACCUGUUGGAAAGGUUGUCUGUACAAAAGCAGGAAGACUUCCAUACAACUGUGUCAUUCAUGCAGUUGGACCUAGAUGGUCGAACUAUGAAGUUGAAACUUUAUCAGGAGUUCAUCAAUGUGCAGAAGACCUAAGAUCAGCUUUAAAUGAAAGUUUUUCAGCUGCAUUAAAUAAGGGAAACAAAACAAUUGCGUUGCCUGCUAUAAGCUCAGCAAUAUUUGGAGUACCGAAAGAUUUGUGCUGUUUGCAGUAUGUUCAAGCUGUUCUUGACCACAGCAAGAAAUACCAAAAUCCGCUGCACGAAAUUCAUUUUGUUGACAUCGAUGGUAACACUGUAAAGAAUAUUCAAGACACCUUUGAAAGUGUUCUUCAGAAUGGAACAUACCCAUGCCGACUUGAAGACUUUGUAAGGGAUAACAGACGAUUCCAACAAAGAACAUUCAAUAAGCAAAAUGUUCCGGAUUUUGAACCUGAAUACAACCCAAAACCACGUGUAGUUGGUGAAAUGAAAGCAUUUUCUUUUUCAUUUGAACAUGAUGACACACAAUCUUGCAGCGUUGCAGUUAUAUCCGUCACAGAUAAACACAAACUGAAGAUUUACGGUGGUGAUAUUUUAUUAGACGAACAAGCGGAUGCAUGUGUAAACACUGAAAACUAUGAUGAAUGUGAUGGUCUGUUGUCAAUUUUAGUCAGGAAGAUGUCAAACAGAGAACACUUUUUAGGAGAAAAAGAACAAGCAUUGCGAAACAACAAAAGUCCUGUAGUUUCAGUUGCUGGAAAUGGUUGUGGAUUCAAAUACAUACUUUUCCUUAAGUUGGACGAUACGCAAAGCCAAGAACAAAACAUAUUCAAUGCUUACAAACAUGUAUUCGAGGAAUGCAUGAAACAAAACAUACACAGUGUGUCAACUCUACCACUUGGACAUGAUGAAACAAAGAGCUCUUGUCACCUACCAGAUGAAUACGUUAAUACAAUUGUAAAGGCAAUGAAUUGUGUCUGGAAAGAGAGAAACGAUUUUCCAAUUGAAGUUCGCUUAAGUUGUUCAAACAAAGAGACCUAUUUCAAGAUAAAGGCCUCACUGGAAGACACUCCUGAAGUACAGACUCAAAACGACAAAGAAGGCACAGCAGCUGCUGGUGCAACAUCAUCUACUAACGCUGACCAUUGUGUGAUAUGUAUGGAUGACGUAACGGAACCGAAGACUUUACCCUGUGGUCAUAUAUUCUGCACUGAAUGUAUCGAUGGUUACUUCAAAACGGGGAAACAAGUCUGCCCUACUUGUUUCAGGGUUGUUGGAAUUGUAACAGGGGAUCAACCUUAUGGCAGUAUGCAUAUUUAUAAGGUAAAAAGGAAUUGCAGCGGAUAUUAUGGUAAUGGAUCUAUUGCAAUAGCCUAUAACUUCAAGGAUGGAAUGCAACAGGAGCAGCAUUCGAAUCCAGGAGCAUGGUACAAAGGAAUAACACGGACUGCUUAUUUGCCUGAUAAUAGGGAAGGCAAAACUGUCUGCCGAUUGUUGAAAGAGGCAUUUCGUCGGAGGUUGAUAUUUACAAUUGGUCGAUCUAGAACAACAGGACAGGAAGGGGUUAUUACAUGGAAUGAUAUUCACCAUAAAACAGACCAUAGACCAAACACACAGUUUGGUUAUCCGGAUUCUACAUACCUUGCCCGAGUCACGGAAGAACUUGCUGCCAAAGGUGUGACUGAGGAGCAGAUCAAUACAAAGGAACAAAUAGACGAUUACAUAGAACUCUAAAGUACAUAUUGUUGUUCUCUGUCAUAGAGAAACAUUUCCUACAGUAAGCUUUUAAUGUGUGAUAUUUCAAAUAGUACAUACAUGUACGUAGUUUUUGUCAAAAUUAGCUUUAUGUAAUUUUACAAAUCAUUCUUGUAUUUUUAAUUUAUUUUUGUUUCAAAUCAAUGUUUAAGAAAUUUGAAAAUUAAAUAGUUGGUUAAUAGUUAUCAUUCCUGCAUAUGCUAUUACUAGUAGUUUGUAAUGUAACAUGAUGAAUAAGCAUUAGUCGUUUUAUUUAAUUAUGCAUGCAAUUUGAAUGUUGGCAGAUGUCUUUAAGAAUUAAGAAUGUUACAGUGCAAGAUCACUAUGUUUUAGAGCUGAAGUUUAGUAUUGGUAUCUUCUAAUAAAAAAUGGGUAAAGUGUACACGUUUCCUGAAUGGAGUUAACAUGAAAAAAAUAAUGACAACACCGUUCCUUUUUUCCUACAUGUCCUUUGUGGGUAAUUAAGAAAGUUUCGUACCUUCUAAACUUCUCAAUUGCUUUCAAUGUUUAAAGUAUGCAGUAAAAAUCCGACUUGUGUCAAGAUUUACCGAGUUGACUUCAAACAUGCAUUGAAUUAUUUAGUGAACUAAGUAUUCAGUCGUGUUUGACCGAGUGUAUUCCAGUGAAAUAACAUGGAUGUGCUCUUCCUGCAGGUCAACAUAAAAUCAAAAUUAAACGACAUAUGCUUAAUUGAACAAUUAUUUAUAUGUAUCAUAAUAAUCAGAUUUUUGAGAUGUUUUUGAUAAAUCUAAGUUGCCUUGUUCUUUCAGUUUGUUUAAUCUAUAUUAUGUUUAAUACCUUUAUGAACAAGUUACAAUGUAUGUAGCAACUAGAGACAUUGUACUACGUAAUGUUGGGGAGAGCAUUGUUAUAUUUUGAUUUCGGAGAAAUCAGUUUUGUUGAUUACUUGAUAUAGUAUAUGGAGACAUACUUUGUUUCAAGUGUAAUUAUAUUAAUAUUGUCAUAAUCUGAAGAUAGUAACUUUGUCACGAGGUUACGAGUUUUUUGCCAUUUUUUCUGUUGAAACUUGUGUGUGAAAGAUAGUCUUAUGACAUGUGUCACUGCUGAUUAAAAUUAUGUGGAUUAGUUAUUGGUAUUAAGUGGUUACGGUAUAGGACAACAUUUUAGUUGUUGUUCAUAGUAGUAUCAUUGUUUGUAUUUUGAAAUUUUUAUGUAUAUUGUUCAUCAUCUUUUUAAACCAAUCUUAAAACCAAUCAUAAUAGUAAUUACAUUUUGCCGAUGAGUAACAAUAUGACACUUUAAUGAGAUAGACGGUUUUGCUUCAAAAAGAGGAAUUUAGAGUGUGCAUUAAAUAUUUUGUUUUUGGCAUGUAUGUCAGAUAAAUGUAUUGUUCUUGUUAAAAUGUGUUUUUUUAAUUACUUUCAAAUUUGUAUGCACUAAUAUAGUUCAUCGUCUGUUUGUACGGAUGAAGCCAACUCGAUCGUUUGAUUAUGGAAAGUUUUUGUUUAACUAGUGUACACGUUUGUUUUCAUGAGCACUUAUGAAAACUAACUUUACUUUAUUAACCAUUAUUACAAUUCAAAGUUCACAACAUAUUAAUAUAAAUUUGACAUCAAUCUUACUAUGCACACAUAAGAGGUAAUAACUAUAUCAGGAAAAGAGAUGUAAUGUGAUUUCCAAUUAUAAUGAACGUUAAUUCUUAAAUUGUUUUUUUAUUGAUAUAUAGAUAUUGAACAAAGGGGCCCAUCUUCUUUUAAAAGAAAUACUUCUAUGAAGAGUUCUAUAGGUAAUUAUUAAAAGACCUAGUUGGCAUAAUAAUGUUUUGUAUUCUAUGUCAUCGCGUUUACCCUGUGCCAUUAAACAGGGUUAAUGUUUAAAAUUUUGGCUACUAAGCUUGUUUCUGUAGUUGUUCACAUAAUUUAUGUAUUAAUGGUCACGCCUUAUACAUCAUUUUGCGCACACUCUUAAAUCCACAAUAACUAUGUUAUAACUGACAUUAUUUUUAUGUUGAGUGACCAUUGUUUGCAAUGAAUUAUUAUUUCCUUAAUGUAUUUGUGCACAAAUGACCGUAAUUAACAGUUAUUAUUUAUUAACAUGUUAUACAUGUAAUGACUUUGAGAACGACUGAACGUACAUGUUGGUUAUGGAUCUUAAAGAUUGAUUACUGACAUUAAAUUGUUACAGGUGUGCUGUUGUUUUAGAAAAAUUCUGCUUGUGUACCACAACUAUUUUAUUCAUUUAAUUAUGGCUCUGUUUUUCUGUUAAGGCAAUCUUUACUUGUUAAUUAAUUAUAUUAAACGUAUUUGUGGAAAACACCCAGCUGAUCCUUAAAGUAUAUAUACAUCAUAUGGGUUGAUCCAUGAUAUAUAAUUAAUUUUUAAACUGGAACACCUUAUAUAUAUAUAUAUAUAAAUUAUGUAUAUAGUAUGUGAUUGCCGUUAAAUAAAAAUGGACAUAGU